AUGUCAUUUGUGAAUGAUGUUGAUAUUUACAAGAAAAUGGUUUCUGGAAAGAUUAUACAAAAAACAUGUACAAUAGAUGAAACUUCAACAGAAUUUAUGGUUUUACCCAAAUGUGAGCACACAGAAGAAACAUUGGUAGUCGGUGAGGAAAUAAUUGUAGAUGAAAAUAUGGUUAUAAAUCAGCAAAUUUCAGAGGAAGUUAUUUGUAAACAAAAAGAUACUUCUGAAUAUUUUGAGGAAAGUAUGAAUACAACAAUGUCUGUUGCAUAUGCAGAAGAUUCUCUACCCAUAUGUACACAAAAUACAAUUAGGCAAAAAUGGCUUUCAAAUGAUAUCAAUAAAGAAGAUUUAUUGUUAUCUGAAUCAGAAGAAAGUGAAACUGAAAUGUACAAUAAAGUAACAAAUGAUGAUCAAGAUGGAGAUGAAGAAACAAUAGCUACAUUUGUAACUGCUGCUGGUCAACAGUUAGCAUUAUAUGCAGUUGAAGAUUCAGAAGAAAUAUUUGCUGUUGCAGUUUAUGAUGAAUCUGGUGAACCUCCAACAAAUUUUCAAUUUUUGAUGAAAGCAGAUGUUGAAAGAUUAAUAGGUGAAGGAGCUGUUAGAACAGUUAAGAAACCAACACAAAUAAAACAACAAUUAUUGACUACUCAGUCACCAAUAUUUUUCCCUAAAAAUGAAUCAACAAAUGAUAUAUCAAUGGAUAAUGAAAAUAAGAUAAUUUCAAAUGAAAAUGAAAGGAUACAGGGUAAAGGAAAUAUAUUGGAAGAAAAUUCAACUUUAGUAAAAGAUACUGAUGUAAAUUUAAAUACAAAACGAGUUCCUAACAUUAUAUAUGCAACAAAUGAAAAGCAAUCAGAUGUAACAUAUUUAAUGAUGGAUGAUUGUUCUGUAAAUAUGCGUAAUUCUAGAGAAUGUCAGGAAGAUAAUAAAAGCGAUGGUGAAUUAAUAGAACAGUCAACAGUACAAUAUAUUUUAUUUGAAGGUGAUCAAUCUGAUUCUGAACUAACAUUUGAUGAAAUUCACGAAACUCUCCAAAAUUUAAAAUUGAACGCAGCAAAGAAGCAAAUAAAUAAAAAGAUUAUAAGAGAUCAAAACAGUUUUGGACAUAUUAAAGGAACAGAGUAUGAAACUUCGAUAUACCAAACCUCUAAUAUAUCUAAUAGAAUGUCUAAUACUUUAACAAAGAGAAAAUUAAAUUUGUUAGAUAGCCAACAAGAAUUAUUAGAAACAUUAACAGACUCAUCAGCGGAUUUAAUAUCAAGUAGUACAAAUUUAGAUGUAUCAAAUGGUUCCAUUGAAUACACAUCACCUGAAUCAUCACAAAUACAGUACAAAACUAAACGUUCUCGAAAACAACAAUUAAUUUCUGUAAAUCGUGAAGAUUCAGAAAUUAUUAUACAGCCAGCAUCUCUUUUAACUGAAGAAGACAAUAACGUUAGGAAAAGAGUAAGACGAAAUAGAAGAGUCAUAGGUCAUUCCGGAUACCGUCAAAGAAAUAAUGACUCGAAAAGAAUGAAAAGAAUGAAACGGAAAGAAGUUGAAAUUAUCGAAAUUGAUAUUGACGAAGAAGAAAGUAUUCUGCAUUCGAAACGGGAUGUUGUUGAAAUAACUAUAGAUGAUAGUAAAGAUAAAUAUUCUAGCGAUAAAGAAAAUGAAAUUAUAAUGGUUGGAGAUUCUGAUGACGAAUCACAACAGUCGAAUUCAAAAGCAAUUUUAUUACAGUGUCAACACUGUUCUAGAAAUUUUCGACAACAAAGAGCUCUAGAAACACAUUUGCGAGUUUGUUCAAAAUCGCCGUCUAAUAUAAUACGAUUUAAUGAACAAAACUUAAAACAUGCAAAUGGAACAACUGAUGAUACUGUUAAAAAACAAUACGCUUGUAAAAUAUGUCAACAAAAAUUUGAUGUAGUGGUAGCAUUAGCACGCCAUGUACGUUCAGAACAUUCUCAAAGGAAAAAACGUAGAUUUAGUAAAUUAUCAGUUGAACGACCAUCUAUAGAAGUUAAAGAAAAGAAGGAGCAUAUUGAACCAAAAAAGCAGAUGACUAUAAUUAAAAGGAUUAAAAGAAAAAGUAGUCAACGAACAAAUUGCACUUGGGAAGUAAAAAAAUUAAGUUGUUCUGAUUGUGGUAGAUGGUUUCCCAGUGCUGCCUUAUUAAGAGCACAUUGUUUACAGCAUGGAACAAAAAAAUCUGAACAGCAAAUACGUAGAUGUCAAAUAUGUAAAAAAUUAAUUAGGUCUAGAUUACUCUUUGUACGACACUUAAAGAAACAUGGAAAUUUACAAAAAAAUACAAAGUCUAUACCAAAUAUUCAAAAGAAGUUACAUACAACCAGGUCAGUGACAAGUAAAAUUACGACGCUCAGAAAACGGGGACGCUCACGAAAACUUUGAUCCCUUCAGAU